UCCUCCCCGUCACGUGGCACGGCGCGGGGGCGGGGGCUCGGCGCUGCGUCACUUCCGCUGGUCUCGUGGUGCAGCGGGGCAGCGAGCGGAGCACGACAAUGCCUAAAUCAAAGGAACUCGUGUCUUCAAGCUCAUCUGCAAGCGAUUCAGAUAGUGAAGUUGACAAAAAGGCAAAGCGGAAAAAGCAAGCAGCUCCAGAAAAGCCUGUAAAGAAGCAAAAAACGGGUGAGAGUUCAAAAGGUGCCGCUUCUUCAAAGCAAAGCAGCAACAGAGACGAGAAUAUGUUUCAGAUUGGCAAAAUGAGGUAUGUCAGCGUUCGUGACUUCAAAGGGAAAGUUUUAAUUGAUAUUAGAGAAUAUUGGAUGGACCAAGAAGGUGAAAUGAAGCCUGGCAGAAAAGGUAUUUCUUUAAAUCCAGAGCAGUGGAACCAGCUGAAGGAACAGAUUUCUGAUAUUGAUGAUGCAGUAAGAAAACUGUAAAGACAGAGCCAUACAGAAAUCUUUAUCACUUUAGUUGUUUCAAGCAGUCUUUUUACAUUGGCUUUUGUUUUCUAAAAUAUUGUUUUCCAAGCUAUUGUAUAUUUGGAUUGCAAAACGAUUUGUAAAAUGAAUAAUUUUUUAAUGUGCAUUAAACAUGUAUUCUGAGUGAGGCUAUUUGUGUAUACUUUACUAAAGGAAGUGUGUUGCUUUCACCUCAUGGUGUAAAAUAAACAAGUCAAGUAAUAUGUAAAGCUGUUUGUGUUUGUGGCCUUUUGUUUAAAGAUCUUUGCUGACAAGGCCACCAACUAGUUGUAGGCUUUUUAAAUUUAGUUAAUAGUUACUGAUACUAAGGGGAUUUAAAAAAUGUCUGUUUAAAUUCUUUGUUUUGUUUCAUAUCCUUUGCUGUUGCCCUCAGCUUUCAGCUUUAAAACUUGAUACAAACAGUGGAUACCUGGUAAAACACAUUUUUUGUAGAUAAUUUUAAAUACUGUAUUUGCUAAUUUACCCUAUUUAUUCAGUUGUAAACAGUCCUGAGUAUGUAGACUUUCUUGCAUAUUUGCAUGAAGUGUUAUGCUGAACAGUAACACUGGAACACCAUCCACACAUCAUCUGUUAUAAUUUUUGUAGAGCUUGCUUGACUUAGGAAAUACGGUUAGGUUUUAUUCAAGGACUCUAGAUCUUAGAAUGUGAUGCAUAAAACUUUUACAGUAAUAGACAUAUACCUCAGAGUAAGACAGUAUUUAAAAAGCUUCUGACUUGGUUAUUACUUUAGGUACCCUUUUCAAACUUUGCAUUAAAUUUAUUCUUGAACACAUUCUGAUCAGUUAUUCUAUAGAAAACGAGAUUUAAUAUCUCUUUGUAGGGCUUCUGAUUGUUUGAGAGCAUUGUGUAAACAACGCUGCUUAAACUGGGCUGUAACACAGGUUAAACAGUCACACAGGGUUAAAGUAUCUUCAGCCAAAACAUCAGGCUAUCAUCAUGCCUUUGCCCUGUCCUCACUGGCUGACCAAAUCAUUUAACUUGGCUUGCCUUGUGCAGCUAACACGUGCACAACUGUUAUCUUUUUUAGAGAAGGUAUUCAGUGCUUAAAUUGGAGCACUGGUACAUAGUGAAUCCAUGACUAGCGAACUUCAAUCAUUCACCAGUGUACUAUUCUGAUAGAGAAGCUUCUGUCCAUUGGGGAUUCUGCUAGACUAGGUGUUGUUUCAAAUUAAGGAAAUCUUUAAAGGUGUUGUGGCUAUAGAAUGAAAAAGGGAGAACAUGAUGUUUAUGUCAAGCUUGGAGAGAUAAUGGGCACUCCAGCAGAGAAAUUAACAUUGAGGGAUCAAAGUUAGCGGACUUAGAAAAAAUACAGUGAAGAACCUUUCUGUUAGCAGAAGUAGAAGGGAGUUCAUUUUUUGGCUGACUUCAGUUAACAGAAAGAAGAUGAUGAACCAACUUCAUGAGAAUUGACAUUUCAAGAGUAUGUAAUGAAUGUACAAUUUUUUUGUUCCACCCAUGAUUUUCCCAUUUGACGGCAAACUUAAAAGUGUUUUUAAACUUUAUAUAGAUAAACAGGAUUUGCUACUUAAUUCUGGACUAACUUAAUGCAAUUGUUUAUAAUGAAGACAUGCAUGGACAUCCUGUUCUGCUAAGUACCCUAUGCAGACUGUUCUUGUGCUGCAGAGUUUGUAAUUCAAUACGCGUAGUAAAUGAAGGGUGAGAGAAAGUGACUUACUGAUAUUAAAUAUGUAUUAUUUAAUUUAAAUAUUAUGUAAGGUACUUCAUUCUGCUUUUUAAAUUACUGAAAUAUGAAUUUAAGAACUACAGUGAGGUUGGAUAAAAGGUGAAAGGAUUUCUUAGGGUAGCUGCAUCAUUUUUGGGCACAACUUUCUGCAACUGCUAAUGAUGAGCAGAGACAUCUGGACCAAAUGAAAAUGAAAUAGCUGUUAACAUCAAUGCACGAAAUAAAUUCCUUUAGGGCUCUGAGAAGUUCUAGGUCUUUUAUUUUUAUUUUUUUUAAUUAUUAUCAUUUUUUUUUUACAGUAUGUAUUUACAGUUUUUGUUCCUUUAAAUACGAAGUUCUGUGACCAGAUUUUGUCUUCUAACCUCAGAACCUUCAUUUGGCUACCUUGAUGUGCAUGGUUAUCAGAACGGAUGGAACAUUGUCUUCAGUUAGGUUACUGUGGUAAUAAGUAAUUGGAUGACAGUUGUAUAUCAGAGUAUGAGAUAAUUAUGUUCAGGAAGGUGAAGAAUUAAAUUCAUUCAUUUGGAGAGAGUAAGUGAAAAAGUAUUGGUAUUGUGAUUAGUUCUCUCGUGGAAACUAGUGAUAGAGAUGUUCAAAUAAAUACUCCUAGUUCUUACAGACAACACUGUUACUGUAUUUGUGGGGAUAUUUACCAGAGCUGCUUAGCCUAUUUUACUAGAUAAAAUUUGAGGCACUUUGAUUUUGCUUAGCUUGUGUGUUGAAAAAUAGCUUUCCAAUCUGCCAGUUAUAUUUCUGCCUGUAACAUGGAUUAAAAUAUAUAUUUUUUACUUGAGCUGGUGUUAACAUCUGCAUGAAUGUCCUACCAAACAGGGUAGCUAAAUUAAACCCUCAGUUUCUCAGUUGACCUCAAAACUGAAAAUGAAUUGAGGGGGAAUACUUUCCAUCUCAGAUGACUGAUGGCUAAUUAGUUGACGUGUAUUUUAAACAUUCAGUGUUACUUUGAAAUUAAUAGUUGGUUGUGAUUUGUCGUGUGUUGUCUUCAUCUGUACUACUUCUUACUUGAGAACUCCAGUUUUUGGGUACAGAUUAUUUUCUUGCAGAUGAAAUAGUACUUGGGGGUACACGUAGAAGAAAAUUAUGCAUGUAUGAAAAGGCUAAUGUGGGGUAAAAAUAAACAGUAUUCACUUUCCCACUGGCAUUGCAACAGAUAUGUCUGCUGCGUGAUACUGAUGUAGGGCAUAUUAGCAACAUGUUAUAUAAAUUUAAUUACAAUGGCUCAGAGGAGGAAAAAUACAUCAGUUAGGCCAGCCAAAGUACCACGUGUUUACUAAAUCAGUGUCAUGUAUGAUGUUGCUCUUAUGUAGAAAUGUUCAUAUUGAAAUUAAAGAAAUGCAGCACAAAGUUUGAUAUUUCUGUUAAAGGAAAUGCCCCAUUUGCGUACUUCUUAUGUGGUCUGUUGGAAAACAAAAAAUUGGUAAUUGUAAUUCUGGUAAUUGAAAUGUCAUAUUGUUAACCAUGUAGAAUGUUUUUCUGGUGGUCUCUACUGCAGAGAAAUCUGCAAAAUCAAAUCUGGAAAUCUGAGCCCUCCAAUUGUAACUUUCAUGUUCAAAUAAAAAAAGUUAAAUGGCAAACGUGUAAUAAGAAUUUGAACUCUUGGAAAUAAAUGAAGACUUCUGUUGAAAUAGCA